AUAUAUUCUUAGGGAUAUCUAAAAACAAUAUAUUACGAGUAUAUCAUAAAUAAAAUGUCGACCACCAAAAAAUUUAGGGACUUUGUCAGCGAGCCUAUGGGCAACAAGCCCGUAACACAACUGGCCGGGGUUGGCGAAGUGUUGGGACAACGUUUCAAUGAAGCGGGAUUCGAUAUGGCGUACACAGUAUUGGGACAAUUUCUGGUGAUGAAGAAGGAUGAGUUGUUAUUCAAGGAGUGGAUGAAAGAAGUUUGUGGCGCCAAUCAAAAGCAGUUAAGCGACUGCUACGGUUGUUUGACGGAAUGGUGUGAAGAGUUCCUUUAAGCAUUCUAUCUAUUCUCGUGAAAUGAUUGCUAUUUAUGUUAGUUCAGUUUAACGUUUAGUUUCUUUAAUUGCUUGUUAAAGUUUGGUUUUCCUUUAACAUUUUUUUAAACCAAUACAUAUUUUAUAUAUACACCUAAACAUUA